AUAAAUUGGAAUAAACUAUGUAUAAACAUCUACUAUUAACUAAUUGUUUAACUCAAUUUAGUAUAAUUGUUCUUAAUUAUUAUAAACAUAUGUAAAGCAUUAGUAUUAGAUUUACAAUCUAUUUGGUUGUUGUGUUAUUAAUAUCUGAAAUUCCUAAUAUAAGUUAUGAAUGUAUUGUUCAAAAUAAGUUUAGUAUUAUCAAUAAAACAGGUGAUACGUGGAAACAGUCAUAGUUAUUUCACUAGAUUUCGCAAUUAUCGAUGACCUUAAUUGCUUUUUAAUUCGGUUCUAGGAUGAGGGAGGGAAUCGCGAAAACGUGUAAUAUGUGUUUCGUAACGUGCGCUCGCCGAUUGUCAAAGUUCAUUGGAGUUUGAUCGGUUGUAGCGGCCAGGACAGGACGAGAACGCAGCAGCAGCAACAGCAAGGAUAACGAGAUGGCAUCGAAUUGGGAAGAAUUUUACGCUACCCAUCUACCUCCCACGGACUUCGAGGACAACAGAUCCUUACUGAAGGAGUUCUGCGAGCGCCACAACAAACCCGGCGAGAGGAUCGUCCUAGUUACGUCAGGUGGGACCACGGUACCUCUGGAACACAACACCGUGCGUUUCGUGGACAACUUCAGCGCCGGUAUGAGGGGCGCCGCCUCCUCAGAGUACUUCCUGGAGCAGGGCUACAAUGUCAUCUUCAUGCACAGGCUCAAAUCCUUGGAGCCCUUCACCAGGCACUUCAAUGGACAGAAACUCAUGGAUAUGCUUGACCUGCAAGAAAAUAGUCGGAAUGUAACAAUAACUGUAAAACCGGAUAGUGUGGAUGUGCUGGCCCCAAUCCUGCUGAACUAUAAGGCAGCACAAGACGGAGGCAGGAUCCUCUAUGUGACAUUCACAACUGUCUCGGACUACUUCUGGUUGCUAAGGGCAGCCUGCGAGUGUUUGGCUCCUUUGGGUGCCAAGGCCCUCCUGUACUUGGCAGCUGCAGUGUCAGACUUCUACGUACCCUCAUAUGAAAUGCCUACUCACAAGAUUCAGUCAGCUGCUGUGCCAAAUAUCUCUCUGCAAUUAGUUCCUAAACUGCUGUCCCCAGUUGUCAGCCUGUGGGUGCCCCAUGCCUUUGUGGUCUCCUUCAAGCUAGAAACAGACGAGAACAUUCUGCUAUCCAAAGCCAGAGAUUCGCUGAACAAGUAUAAACACAAGUUGGUGAUAGGAAACAUAUUGCAAACCAGAAGACAGAAGGUGAUAUUCGUGACUCCGGAGAGCAAUUACGAUGUGAGUUUAACGCGAGAGCAGAUGCUGGGCGGUAUAGAAAUCGAAGAACCAAUCAUCUCCAACGUCGUGCACAGCCACACCAACUUCAUUUUAGGCCAGUUCCGCUCCGCCAAAUAGGAUUAAACGAUCGUACGUGAUAAAUGUUUCUUUACCAAAAAAAAAAAAAAACGUAAUUGUCUAGAUGUGCUCCAAAAGAAUAAUAAUAAUAUAUAUUUCGACUGUCCCUGAGUGAAGGGCGCAACCUAAAUGAAGAUAACAAAAAAAAGAUACAAGAAGAAUGUAAAUAAUAUAUAUUUAUAAAAGAGAGAAACAAAAAGAGUAAGU